AUGCCAGUUCCAUACACUGAUUUGGCCAAAGAGAGAUGGCAACAAGAUCCAGAAGUCUGCUUGGACGCUGAAGAAGUGUAUCUAAACCUGGGUAAGAAGAUCAGCACUCCACAGGAGGUGAUGGUAGAGGAGCUCAAUCUGCAGUCUAAUAAAGGUUCCAGAAUGUUCCAGGAGAGACUCAAAAGGGUGGAGAGGUUCACCCUAGAGAAUGUUGCCCAAAAUCUUAGCAAAACAGAAACGCAUUCAGAGCAGAAUCACCAACAGGGUCCACAGGGAUCUCAAAGGGAGAACUUCACAACAGAGGUCUAUGGAACACAGCCAGGGGAGAACAGCCUAAUAUCACAACAGAAACAUGCCGUGGCCAAGGAAGGAAAUCCUCUUGUGCUUGCACCAGGUUACUCAGGGCCCCUGAAGGAGGUCCCUCAUGAGAGGUUCAAUGUCACAGUCAUUCCCAAAUCCUACUACUCACCAUGGCAACAGCAAAACAGCAAUGAAGCAGAAGUCCUGGCCACCAUCUGUGCCAGUCUUCCUGAGCCACCCUACAAACUCACUCCUGCCAACUACAAAUGCUUCAACAGGUAUGCACCUGUCGUUUUCUGGGCACCCAUGCCAUUUGGUGGGACAGCAGGAAGCUUGAGAACCUUACCAUUACCUGGCUUUGAGCUGCUGCAGGCCUACACAGAGCCCGGAAUGACAUGGGAUCGUAUGUGUGCCAGGCCAAAUUUUAACCGAGCGCCUCAAGGCUGGACCGCCGUCUACACGACCACAGAAUCAGCCAGUCCAUGA